GGGGGACGAGAGAGAGAGAUGAGUCACCCCCCAGUCUGGCUAAUCCUUCUGGGAUGAGUUGGGACAAUGGAGCCAGGCUUGGGAGUGGGGGACGCAUCUUCCAGUCUCUAUCUGGGGCCCGGACUUAGGGCCAGACGCCUGGUUCACAAAGGCUCCCUGUUGUGCCCAGCUAACGCCCUUCUCCCCACCUGGGGCUGGGUGGGUCUAACCCACACUGACACUGUAAUCGGCCCACUGACCUACUCUGGCUUCAGGGUGUUGGAAAGGAUGUGAGUAGUUCUCCUGGAUUUUCUUCCCUGGCUCCUGCUUCUUUUCUGGCUCCUAGCAGGGAAUGAGGGUGGAGCGGGGAUCUUUCCCUUAGGCAAAUCAGCUAGGGGAAGUUCUGCUCCCCCCCACCCCAAGCUCAGCAGCUUCAGCCUUCCCCAGCAGGAGCACCAGACCUCCUGGGGCUCGGGUCCCUCCCUUGGAUCCACCCCCAAGGGUGGGUGGGUGGGCGUGCCCCUUUACCCCAACCGGCCAGACCAGUGAGACCUGGGGGUUUAGCUGUCUGAGGAGCCCAUCAUCCCAGACCUGGCUUCUUCCAGUGCUGGGAUGGGCUCGUGGGCGGCUGGAAGCCCUGGAGAGCCCAGCUGGUACUAUCAGCUGCACCCCCGGCCUACCAGAACAGCAGCCAUAAAGAGGCCUGGGGCAGGUUGGGCCCGGACAGUGACUCCUGCCAGCGGGAUCAAAGACCCGGCCGAAUCCCACCUGGCAACACCCCCCAGCUCCCUUCUCCUUCAGUAUGGCUGCCGGCCCCAGCCCCAGCUGGUUCUGCCUCCUCUUUGUCUUCCUUUUGGGAGGUGCAAGGGCUGAAGGGUCUCAGAAGGCUAUCCCCGAACAAAUACAUUUGUCCUACCCAGGGGAACCUGGUUGUAUGACAGUGAUGUGGACCACAUGGGUGCCAGCGGCCUCGGAGGUCCAGUUUGGGCUGCAGAUUGGGGGCAUUCUGCCCCUGCGGGCCCAAGGCUCCUCCAGCCUCUUCGUGGACGGCGGCAUCCUGAGACGGAAGAUGUACAUGCACCGCGUCACACUGCGGGGGUUGCUGCCUGGGGUCCAGUACGUGUACCGCUGCGGCAGUGCCCAGGGCUGGAGCCGCAGGUUUCGCUUCCGCGCCCUCAAGUCUGGGCCCAGCUGGAGCCCCCGUCUGGCUGUCUUUGGGGAUAUGGGGGCCGACAAUCCGCAGGCUCUGCCCCGCCUUCGGAGGGAGACCCAGCAGGGCAUGUACGACGCGAUCCUGCACGUGGGAGACUUUGCCUACAACAUGGACCAGGACAACGCCAGAGUGGGGGAUACCUUCAUGAGACUCAUCGAGCCAGUGGCUGCCUCGGUCCCCUACAUGACGUGCCCAGGGAACCAUGAGGAGCGCUACAACUUCUCCAACUACCGAGCGCGUUUCAGCAUGCCGGGGGACACCGAAGGACUUUGGUACAGCUGGGACCUAGGGCCUGCCCACAUCAUCUCCUUCUCCACUGAAGUCUAUUUCUUUGUCCACUAUGGACGCCACCUGAUUCAGAAACAGUUCCGCUGGCUGGAGAGGGAUCUGCAGAAAGCCAACAACAACCGGGCUAUGAGGCCGUGGAUUAUAACUAUGGGGCACCGUCCCAUGUACUGCUCCAACGCCGACCUGGAUGACUGUACACGGCACGAGAGCAUAGUCAGAAAAGGCCUUUCCGGCGGUCGCUACGGCUUGGAGGAUCUCUUCUAUAAUUACGGAGUUGACCUGCAGCUGUGGGCUCAUGAACACUCCUACGAGCGCCUCUGGCCCAUCUAUGACUAUCAGGUCUAUAACGGAAGCCGAGAGAGUCCUUACACCAACCCCCGAGGACCCAUUCACAUCAUCACAGGAUCUGCUGGCUGUGAGGAGCUGCUGACCCCUUUUAGCCCUUUCCCGAGGCCUUGGAGCGCCAUCAGGGUGAAGGAGUAUGGCUUUACCCGCCUGCACAUUCUCAACGGCACCCACCUCCAUUUGCAGCAGGUGUCUGAUGAUCAGGACGGGAAGAUUGUGGACGACGUGUGGCUGGUCAGACCCAAGCGAGGCCGCAGGACCUACCUCUGAGAACUCCAGAGCCCAAAGUGUGGUCCCAGGCUCAAGGGUGGACAAGGCCUGGCCUCCGUCCAGGAGGCCGGAGUCCUCUUCUGCAUCUGGGGCCCCGGAGGGCAGGGAAGACCAGGGGGUCCCAGCCUAGCUUUUGGGUGCAGGCCCCCUUCCUGCUGCCGGGAGCCGGCAAGGGAGCCAAGAUGGGAACAGGGAGCGAGGGAGUGUCCGCACGGAGCCGACCUCAGCCGGGUGCUCUGCCGCCCACCCUUCUCAAAGCCUGCCACCAUUUUCUGCUGCAAGGUCAUGGAUUUCAGCAUCCCCAAAGGGACCUCAGCUUGUCCUGAGGGGCUAAAGGAAGUUCCUUCACGCUCUGAACAUAGCCCUCCCCGUCGGGGGUCAAUCCUCUGUGUUCUCACUGCCCACAGGAUGAACCUCAAACUCGGGGACCUCCAGUCUCCUGCCUUCUUUCUGCACCUGCUCCUGGUGCCGAUUCAGACCUCUGCAGGCCCCCCUCCAUUCCAGCCUCUGUGACACACCGUUAGGGAUACCGAACCCCACCAGUGGGAGCUGUGGCCAUUCUUUAAGGCUCUGCUCCAGGAGCCUCCUUUUCCAGGGGGCCCUUCCCGAUUCUCUCCCUUCCCCUCCUCUCCCUCCUCUUCCUCUCCUGAACCCUGAGAACAUUUUUUUAACCCUUCAUUUAUAUCCUGCACAUUGAUUUUUUCUGGUGAGGAAACUUUGCGCCCAGAUAAAUCAGAUCAGCAACUGCUCCAGUAUUUCCCAGGAGCCCAGAGUUAUAGAGCUUGGACUUAUUAAGGGAAGACUCGAACCUGGGACUUUCAACCCCCAUUCUCAACCAAGACAAGGACAAUGACAUGGCUCCUGACCAUCGUGACAGUCCGUUUUUAUGUCAUUCAUCUACAGAACGUGAGCCCCCGAAGGGAAGGGGCGCCGUUCCAGCGCUGUAUGAGCAGGUGGUCAGAAGGUUCUGCCCAAAGGGCGAGCAUCCAGUUAUUCUCACCGGAAAGAAACUCCCCGUUUUUACCCCAGCCGGAGGGUGGGACGGGCAGGCCUGCUUCCCACCAAGUUCAGCUCUGACACUAGCAGAGGGAGGUUCAGUGGGUCAGCAAAUGGGUCCAUUCCCCACGUUGCCCCGCCCUCCCCCAAGGACCCUGGUGGAGGGCUUCCGGCCCCAGCAUCCCUCGUUCUCAGACCUACCAG